AUGUUUUUUAAGUAAGAAGUUUAAUAUAUAGUAGUUUUGGUCGAUUCUAUGGAUUUGGUAUGCAAUCUAAAUUAGAUAACUUGCUUAAACAAGAAAAUCUUACAUUAGAGACAAUCUUAAAUGAGGAUGACAUAUUAUAAGAAUUAAAAAUGUCUAGCUCUAAAAAGUUUGCUGACUUGUAAAAUUUUUAAAUAGUAUUUUAGCAUUAUUUAACAUCCUAAUGAAUACAAAAAAAUGAUCCAUUACAUUAUUGAUGAUGUCUAGCCAUAAGAAUAAGAUAUUCCAAAAUACAUUAAGUAAUUUGUUUAUGAGAUCAUAUAGAUAUCAAUUUAUCAUUAGUGAAGUAUUUGGUUCCGAGAAUGAAAAACUUAUUAAUUAUUUAUUUGAUAAACCUAUUGAAAAUACUCAAGAAGAUAUUUAAAAUCCACAUGAUGAUUAACAAACUGAAUCUCAACCUACUCAAGAAUAAGAAGAAAAAGAAUUAAUUAGAUAGCAACUACUUGAAGAUUUCCUUCAAGUUUUAGAAAAGGAUACUCUAAUUGUUACUACAGCUGGCUAUUUUAAUAAGAUUAUUGGAGCCAUUAUUCAUAGAAGAGGACAUGAUGUAAAAAUCUAUUACAAUUAUAAUAGUUUUGGGAUUUUAUAAUAAAAAUUCCAAAAGUCAUAACAAAUCUAUUUAAGCAUGCAGAACAUAAACACAUAACUGAAAUCAUCGAAAAACUGAUCAUUUUAGACACAAAUUAAGAAGAAAAUGAUGAUAAAUUAUAUAUUAAUGAAAGAUCUGAAUUAAUUACAAGAUUGCAGAAAUAUUUAACUGUCAAUUCUAAUUAAAAUAUUAUUGUCUCAAAUGUAUGCGAUAUAUUUAUAGAACUUUACAAAAGAGCUUUAAUCUCACUUGAAACAAUGCCAUUUUUGAGAACUAUUUUAUUUAAAGUUCCCUAACCAUAAUAUUUCAUGAAUCUUGCAAUUUUAACUCAAAACACUUCAGUUUAUAACUUAUUAAACAUUCAAUUCGAAUUUUAUUUGAAAAUAGAAUAGAUAGAAAAUGGAAAAUAUGCAGUUGAUUUAAGAGAUCUUUAUUCAAAUUUAAUUUCGCAUUUACCAUAAGCUCUGAUUUAGCAAGAUAUUUUUAAAGUUGCUUUUUAAACUUCUAAAGGUGACCAAGUAUUUCCACUUGGUGAUGCUAAACUAUCAUUAAUUUCAUUUAUUAUAUAACUUUGUUAAAGAUAAGAAAUAGCAAAUUAAUUUACUUAACCAACCAUUUUCUUAAAUAUUUUAGAUUUAGUAAUAAAAUAUUAAUCUAAUAAUUAAUUAUAAAUAUUAUUCGAUAAAUUGAUAACUGUAAUUGUUCAAAGUAAGAAUUCUCAAUUAUAAAAACUAUUAUUCUAAGAUUAAGCUAUUUUUAUAUUUCUAAUUAAAUAUAAUGGAUCUUAAUAUAGAAAAUAAAAACCUGCAUUCUAAGGAAUUUUAACAAAAAUUACAAAUUAUCUCAAUUCUAAUAUUAAUGAAUCAGAUGAAUUAGCAAAUUCUAUUAAUCUAAUAAAAGAUGAAUGGAAAACUUAUAUAGAUGAAUUAAGUGAAGUAAACUUAAAAGAACUACAAUGGAUGUGUGGAGUCAAUCCAAGAAUAAAGGAAUAAGCUAAUAUUGAACCUUCAAGUCCAUUUAUGCCUGAUCGUUUGAUUUCUUAUUAAGGAAUAAGAAAAGUAGAAAGUAAUGAUGAUAAUUCAAUUAAUUAAGACAAACAAGAUUUUAAUCAAAUUGAAUAAGAGGAUAAUUUAAAUAUUUAAAUUUAAACUGAGAAUAAUGAAUAAUAAUAAUAAAAUUAAUAAGAAUUUACACCAAUAUUUCCUAAUCAAACAAAUGAAAAUGAUAAUAAUAAUUAAGAAUAAUUGUAAAUUUAAGAACAUCAAAUUACAGAUAAUAUAAUUUAAGAGCAUGAUGAAUAAUAUGAAUAAAAACUAAAUGAAUUGAAACCAGAACCAGAACCCACUGAAUUGAUUGAUUAAAAUUAACAAAAUUAGUUAAAUCUAAAAUAUUAAGAAUAAGAAAAUUAAUAAGAAUUAUGUGAACCAGAACCAUAAGAAGAAAAUCAUAUUUAGACUUAAGAACCUUAAGCAGAACCUGAUUAAAAUUAACAAGUUCUAAACUCUAAUUCUUAAAUGUAAGAUGAGAAUUGA